GCUUGUGAUGUCACCUAUCUCAAACUCAAACAAUCACUGACAUUUGUGAAAGAAAAUCAGAAUAUACCCUAUUUAUGGUACAUGCACCAAGCCACAGUACAUCUUAUUAUAAUUUAAGGCUAGUUCCUUGAAAACGUCACUCCAACAUGGAAGCGCGAGAAAGACCAGAACAUCUACUUGCCUUAAAAGUUAUGCGCUUGACGCGACCCACUCUGAGCUGUCCCGUAAUUGUUACAUCUGAUUCGAAAGACCUUCCAGGCAAUUUACUAAACAGUGAUUUGAAAAAUGAUGUUACUUCAGUAUCUGGUGUUGAAACUCUCACAGCGGGACAAUUCCUACAACUUCCUCAGAGUUUUGGGACUAUUUAUCUGGGAGAAACCUUUUCCAGCUAUAUAUGUGUACAUAAUGAUAGCAAAGAAAUAGCCAAAGACGUGACCGUAAAGAUUGAUUUACAGACAAACUCUCAGCGUAUUGCACUGUCAGGUCAUUCUGUUGAUCCAUCAGAAUUGAAGCCUGAUGAGUCUAUUGAUCAUGUGAUACAUCACGAAGUCAAAGAAGUUGGCACUCACAUACUAGUAUGUGAAAUCACAUACACAACUCCUGAUCAGAAAUCCAUGUCCUAUCGUAAAUUCUACCGCUUUCAAGUUCUAAAGCCACUGGAUGUCAAAACUAAGUUUUAUAAUGCUGAGUCUGAUGAGGUCUAUCUUGAGGCACAGGUUCAAAAUAUCACAGUUGGACCAAUUUGCUUAGAAAAAGUUGCUCUGGAAUCCUCCCAUCUUUUUACUGUGUCUGCCCUGAAUACAUCUGCUAAUGGAGAAUCAGUUUUUGGAAAAGUGAAUGUACUUCAAUCUCAGUCGAGUAGGCAAUUCUUGUAUUGCCUAGCCCCACAACCAAGCCUAACAGUUGAUUGUCGACUCCUCAGUGGUGCAACAAAUAUAGGAAAAUUAGAUAUGGUGUGGCGGUCAAAUUUGGGAGAAAGAGGUCGUCUUCAGACCAGCCAACUUCAACGCAUGGCACCUGAUUAUCGUGAUAUCCGUCUCUCAGUUCAAGAAGUACCAAAUAUAGUUAUUCUAGAAGAGGCAUUUUCCUUUGCAUGCAAAAUAAUAAAUACAUGCGACCGUGUGCUAGAUAUGACACUCUGGCUUGAAGAUGGAACUACUUCAAAUUCUGGCCUUAUGUGGAGUGGAGUUUCUGGUCGGCCACUGAGUAGACUGGAACCUGGGGCAUCUACUUUACUAAACCUUUGCUUAAUUCCUCUUGCAGCAGGGCUCCAGAUUAUUUCAGGCGUCAGGCUCACAGAUGCAGCUUUGAAGAGGACAUAUGACUUUGAUGAUUUAGCUCAAGUAUUUGUUAUGCAAAAGAGUUGACGUACAUCUUAAUUCAACUCAAAAAUAGAUAUGUCAAACAGUCCAUUAAUAUGUCAGUAAGGGAACAUUAAUGAUAAUAAUAAGGUUUCAAUUUCUUCAACAUCUUUCUACUUAGUCUACAAAACAAGACAGAGAUGUUUCAGUAUUAGAAUAUAAAAUUCCAGAGAUGGUUGUGCAGAUAUCCUAAAGUAUUGAACUUUGUGUUGUUUUUUUCUAGAUCUUUGGUGAAUUGUUAUAUAUUUGUUUCACAUUAAAAGUUAUCUUUAUUUUGAA